CACACAAAACUGGCAGAAUCGUCCGUCAUUACUUAUUUGGCUGCUCUUAAACUUGAUAUUCUAACUCACUCAAUGUCAACAAUAACUUGAUAGUUGAUUUGGAAAAGGUUUUAGUCUCUUCACGAUCAUGUUACACGAUUUUAUCAGAUGACAGUUUGACCAGUUAAGGUGAUUGCAGUCAGAAAUAUCAAUAAUUGAUAAAGCAAACCUCAAGAGACUUGGUUUAUGUUUACUUCUGUGCUACCUAUUAGAUGAUAUGUCGCCCUUGGCCGUUCGCAACGCGGUCUUUUGUUCACAGUCUAGGACCACUGUACGAUCGACCAAUCAUUAUCAUUGUAAGAUCGGCCAAUUAUUAUCAUUGUAAGAUCGAUUAAUCAUUAUCAUUGUAAGGUUGACCAGCCAAUCAUUAUUAUUGUAAGAUGUAAGAUUGACCAAUCAUUAUCAUUGCAAGAUCACCAGUUAUCUUACAUGGACAUAAAGUCAUGGCCAUCUUUAAAGUUUUUUCAGGAAAAUCAGAAGAAAACUUUUAUCAGAUUGAGAAUAGAGCACGGUUUUAAUUAAACAGAAAUAAUGACUAAUAUGUAUAUAUUGAAUUUGUAAUAUAAGCUGUGAAGGAGUUAUUGAAAUUGUUUUCGGCAUCUAAAGUGUUAAGGUGGUUCUGACGUCAAUUUUUUAAGGGGUCUAUGAUGAAGUUUGCAGUGAACGUAACUUCGGCAUUAAAGUAGUAACAAAUGUAAAUUAUAUGGCGCGAAUUCUACAGAGCUGUAAUUUAAACAACUAUUCACAAGGAAAAGGUCACUCCAAAUUGAUUAAAAAUAUCAAGAACUUGCUAAUUGUUUCAACAUGGAUUGUAAGAAUCAAAUACCAAGACAACGGCUUAAUUUCUAAAUAAAUAUAUACACAGGAAUUUCCCUCGAAGCAAAUUUGAAGAAAACGGCAGACUCUUUAGCCGUUAAGAUUCAAUAAACGCAACCUAUGGGAUAUUUUUAUAUAAACAAACGAAAGUAAUAGUUUCCCUCGGGCAGAAACAAAUUAGCUUUUUGUCUGUAGAAAGUGAACAAUUAGUUGUAAACAAGACCCCCAUGCGGUCAGAACCCCAAUUUAUCAUUAUAAGUCGGUGUAGCUCAAGAGGGCCGUCUACGAAGGCUCGUUUAUCAUCUGUCGACGAUAUACUCGAUAUUAUAGUGUUGUUUUAGUUUGUUUAGGGCUACAGAAGGAAGUCGUUUAUAGUGUUUACGCAGUGAAACUGUACAGAUUCUGUUUUACCAAAAUUAACUAUUAAUUUGUAACAAAUACUCUAAAAUAAGACAUAAGGGUAGGGCUUGACUUUGGAGUUUCAGUUUUGAGUGCUUUUCAAAUUAUGAGCUAAAAAUAGCGCGCGCAUGCUCUAUCGAGUCAGGAUACUCGCGACGGAGGAACAUAUGGUGCUAGUAGUCAAUCUGUUUCAAUCUAAAAAUAUAAGAGCUCCAUUGAAAUUUUUUGUGCUAUAUUCUGUUUCCAAUUAAAUAGUCAAGACCUUUUCCUUCAGUUCAAAUAUACUUGUGGCGAAUCGCUUUUUGAUGUAUUAAACACACCCACUGUGAAUACUGUACUGUAAACCUGACAAAGACAGCCUUCUUUCUCCGACCCUUGCAUCUCUGGCCUCAUUGGACUGUUCCAUCUCUGGCUGUGUUUUCUAAGUUUUCUAUCCGUUAAAUACAAGGCAAGGGGCUGGGAAGCAAGUACUAGAUCAUGAACAUAAGYAACCAAUCAAAUUCCCCGGAGAAGUCUUCUACAAUGACGUCAACCGACCAGGACAUCGCGGUCAGCUUAUCGUUUUGUUAUGGAAUCGUCCUUAUCUUGGCUGUGGUAGGAAACUCUCUGGUAAUAAACUUCGCACGCACGAAUAACCGAAUGAAAUCCAACGUGUUCAAUAUUUUUCUGAUUAGUAUGGCAGCCGCUGACAUCAUAGAUGUAUUGUUCGUCGUCCCUCUUCAUUGGAUUUUCUUCUUCUACCGAAAUCUUUGGAUAGGCGGCGUCUUAGGUCAAAUUUCUUGUAAAUUGAUGUACUUUUCUGUUGAUGUUUCCAUCAUUGCAUCUGUGCUYACACUCGUUGCCAUAACAAUGGAUCGAUACUUUGCRAUAUGUCAUAUUAGCCACGCCCCACUGUCACKUGUCAAAACGCGGCUUAUCGUCCUUGGUAUAUGGAUUGGGUCUUGUUUAUUGUCAACUAUACAGUUGUAUAAAUUCAAGAUUGUUGAUUACCAUGGUCGGUCUUACUGUGUUUCGUCGUGGAACCAACCUGACCCUGGGAAACGAGAGAUUAUAGUCCAGUAUGAAAUGACCAUUAAGUUCGCAGUGUCGUAUGGGAUACCAUUGUUAAUCAUGAUUGUGUUAUACGCUUUGAUCAUCCGGGAACUUAGAAGGCGGCUUCUUUCAUUGGCAGUUGAAGAAAACCAGGAAUUACAAAAGCACAUAGCGCAACAAAAUAGACCGCUGGUCAAUAUGUUUAUCACGUUGGUGAUCACAUUCGCUGUCUGCUGGUUCCCAGUCCAYGUCAACCAUAUGCUAAUUGCUUUUGAUUUCGAUACGUAUAAUCGCCUACCAGUUGCUAUACCGCUGGUCUUUUACCUGCUGGCUCAUGCUAAUGCAGCCAUCAAUCCUUUGUUGUAUUUUGUGUUUAUUAGUGGCUUUCGAAAGGAACUGAAGAAGAAAAUAAAACGCUUAUGGAAUUUAGUGACAACACUAACUGACUUGUCGUCUCUUUCAAAGCAACGGAGGCACUCAAAUAGUGACUUCCAAAGCCAAAACAACAACGCGACUUUCCGGCGAAGUCCUGAACCGAAUUCUCCCACUCCUGAGCCUUUCUUGAAGACUCUCAAUAUAAACACCGCUGGCUCGACUAAUCGUGSGCUCUCCAUGGAAGCUGAUAUCGAUAAUUUUGUCACUGGGAGAACUUUUUACGAUCAACCAGACUCUUCUCCCACACUGUCGCUGAAGAGAGAYYYAAAUGAUGAKCGCAGAWGCUGGGUACAAGCCGAUGGUGCAAAUCAAAGGACAAUUCGCCCCAGUCGRAGUUUAAAUUCUUCAAGCUAUGUAAAUCGAGCAUACGAUCCUGGUUACCAUAGCAAAAUGUCGAAAUCGGUAUCRUUACCRUGGAAACUAAGUACAUUYGURUAGUACUGUMAUGCRUCAAGGCAUCCUGGUCACGUGCCUGWUAUUUUACCAUAUGACGUAAUAUAACUUGUAAAUAUGAUGYGCAUGCUCCUGUUGGCUUUUUUGAUCGGAUAGACCUCCUCUGCUUAGACAACUUUUCUUACCCGGCUUUAGGAAUAUAAUUCUUUUUCUGGGGUUAUAUUUUAUUUUUCAUUUAUGCUUGGGAAUAGAUACGAAUGUUAAAGGCAGUAAAACAAGAAAUUKUACAAGUC